AUGCAAUAUUUCCAAGUAAAUGGCAAAGUUUUAAUGAUUUCACAAAAUUUUGGAGAUAAAUUAAAUAUAGAACCCAAAAUUUCGGAUUUAGGCCUAUCUAGACCAAUAAAUGAAUUAUCCAUAAAUAGGGGAAUAUAUGUUCAAGAAUGGAAAAUAAUUUUGAACAAAGAAACAGAAGAAUUGGAUCAAAGUCAAAUUGAAAUAAAAAAUAAAUUUUUAAAUGCAGAUAAAAUAAUUCCUACAAUAAGAACAACCCAGAAACAGU